AUGUUGGGCAUCACUCCGAAGCAGCGGAGCUUUGCUCUGCUGGUCAUGUCUGUGUUCGGAUUGACGUAUCUUUGGUUUCGCAGAGGCAUCUUCAACGUUUGGGACUCCAUCGGCAUGGACCCAAGUCACCUCGUGCAGGGAGCUCGCCCUGAAGCCGGUGCAAGCUUGGAGUCCGAAGACAAGGCGCAGUUUGCGCUCAUUGCAGCGGGGACACACACGGCCGUGCUCAUCUGCGGCAUGGUUCUGUUCAUCGUCAUCCACAUGCUGGUGAACGAGGGCUCGCGCCUGCUGAAGUUGCGAUCAACUGCCGCGUCAUGGACUCUCCAUGGCGUCAGCACCAUCGCCAGCACAAUCGCAUUCUACUUUGGCAUGUUCCAUUUCUUCCAGGGCACGUUCGACAACAAGGACGGCUUUGCCUAUCGCUGGGCACGCGGCUUCUUCUACGAAGAGGGAGAAUUGCCGUUUGCGUCGUGCGCAUCAAUGUCGUACUGCCUGUGUCUUCUCUGCGGCUACACCAUCAAGCUGGCCACGCGCGACUCGCGGUUCUCUGCGUUUCCCAAGUGCUACCGCCGUUGGGUGUGGCAUGUUCUGGCUGCAUUCCUUGCUGCAUACGUCUUCUUCCGCUACAUUGCCAUCCCUGUCUGGCACAACGUCGUGCAUCACUAUCUCCCCUACGAUCCGCGUGAGCGUGAGGUCAAUCACAAGUUCAUUACGGUUGCCACCGCCACCCACACCAUCGCCCUGGUUGUGGGCAUGGCUGCGGGCACGGUGACCUAUCGGAGUUGGAACAUUCUUCGCAGCUGCAUGCCUCCGUCGUCGCUGCCACAAAGCGCACGCUUCUUGCUUGCGUUUACGCUCUUUGUGCUGUGGGGUCUCUUCCUUGUCAGCUUUGUGUAUUCUGGCACGCAGCUUGCCACCAGCUGGUUGCACAGCCACAUCCACAUUGUCCCGCCCACCUUUCUCUCCGUGUCGUUGCUGACGUGGUUCGUGUGGGGGUUUCUUCUCCUUACGGGCCAGCUGCCCUCCCUCCUCUUUGCCAUCAUCACCGUCUACUUGCUCCCGCUCAAGAUGACACGUGGCGAUCCGGCAUCGCGCGUGCGCCACGUGUGGCAAGCGUUGACCAUCUACAUCAUCUACAACCUGCAGAUCUUCGUGGCCAUGUCGUUGGUGGUGACCUUCGCUGCCGCUGCAUACUUCCCGCAUUUUAUCACCGCAGGCUGGAUCAUCAUCAUUGCUCGGUACGCGCAAACGUAUCGCAACCACCCAGCCCUGACUGGGUGGCGCGCGCGUCUGGACUUCCGAAACCACUGGGUAUUUGACGAGAUGGCGUCAUACUUCCAGCACUCCAUUCACACGCAGGGGAAGCUGAGCAUCGACCCGAGCCACCGCUACAUCUUCGGCUUCCAUCCGCACGGCAUCCUUCCCAUCUCGGCCGGGUUCAUCACCAGCACAACGGCGUGGCGCAGCAUGUUUGCUGGCAUGAUGCCUGCGCCACUCAGUUCGUCCAUCUUGCACCAUGUCCCGCUCCUUCGCGACUUUCUGCAGCUGGCUGGCGGCGGUGACGUUUCUCGUGGCGGCAUUGCAGCAGCCUUGAAGAGGACUGGGUCUGUAGUCAUGCUGCCUGGCGGCCAGCAGGAGCUGCUCACCUCGUCCUCCCAGAGCAAGGAGAUUGUCGUAUCGUCCAAGCACAGGGGGUUUGUGCGACUGGCACUGAAACUGGCAGCUGCGUCGUCAAAGCCCAUCCACCUCGUCCCCAUGUUCAACUUUGGUGAGAACAUGAUUCUGGACAACGUGCAGGCACCCAUGGCAUGGCAGCGGUUCUCCGUCAAAAAGCUGCGCGCCAACGUUUUUUUCCUUCCGUAUGGCGUGUGCGGCCUCCCUGGGGUGCCGCGCCGCGAGAGACUCACGACGGCCGUCGCCCAGCCCAUCGAAGUGCCAAGGAUUGCGACGCCCACGGAGGAGCAUGUGGACUUGCUGCACCGGCGCUACUUCACUGCACUUCGUGAGGUGUUUGAUGAGACAAGGGCGUGUGCAGGGCACGGGGACAAGACGCUUGGGUUUGACGUGCCGGUGACGCCGCUGUCACAGGCGCAGUGGGAGAGCGAGCGCGCACGGCUGACGCUGCAGCCCCUGUGCGAGGAUGACCACAUCGACAAGCUGUUUGGCCUACCUGGGGACGGUCUCGAGCGGCUGUUCACGGGUGUGUUCUGGGCAGUCGUCUUCUCAUGCAUCUUCCUACACGCCGCCGUGUACAUGGAGGGCGGGUUUCUCGAGGGCCUCUUUGCGUGA